AUGGCCCACUCUCUCGGCCUAAUCAAUUUCUUCCUUUUCUUCAUUGCAGGGCUGCUUCUCUAUCAGUACAGCAACACCUUCAGAUAUUACUUUAAGGUUUAUUUUUUGUAUGGUUGGAUAGUUUUCUGGUCUGUUGCUUUCCUUCCUAUCAUAUUAAUCCGGAGAAGAACUGUGGAAAAUGGAAGAAUCCUUCGCCUCGUUAUGGUCCCUCUGAAAUACAUCUAUGGCAUUAAGUUGAUUGUGCAGGGUGCUACAAACUUAGACCUGAAAGGGCCAUAUGUCAUUGUUGCCAACCAUCAAGGCAGCCUGGACUGGUUUGGAAUGUUUCAGAUCUGGCCACAGCGAUCCACCCUCAUUGUCAAGAGAGAGGUCUUAUACUAUUUUUUUGUCGGUUUGCACUGCUGGCUGGCUGGCUUUUUUUUCAUUAACCGCAAGAAGAAAGAAGAAGCUAUUGAGACCAUGUCAACAAUACGGGAUGUCAUGGUUCGAGACAAGCUACGAGUUUGGGUGUUCCCUGAAGGCACUCGAAACUAUGAAUCCAGCAUGCUGCCUUUCAAAAAAGGGGCCUUCCAUCUGGCCAUCCAAGCCCAGGUACCCAUUGUUGCUGUGGUGAUGUCCUCCUUCCAGCCGUUCCUUAACACGAAGAUGAAAAAAUUCACAACAGGGGAAGUGACAAUCCGGAUUCUCCCACCAGUGAAGACCGAGGGACUGAGUUCAGCUGAUGUCACAGAAUUAAUGAACCGUGUGCGGGAGACCAUGCUCUCCACCUACCAUGAGAUAUCUAAAGAUUAUGGGAAGCAAGCAUCCAUCACCAAAGAAGGCAACUGCAAAACCUAAUUGCUCUCA